AUGGCUGAAAAACGAAAACUGUUAGCCGAAAUUGAAAAAUGUUUCAAAAAGAUCGACGAAGGCGUCGAGCUUUUCGAAGAAACAAUGGAAAAAAUGCAUGAGGCUAACAGUGAUAAUCAGCGAGACAAGUAUCAAGAUGAUUUGAAAAAAGAAAUCAAAAAGCUUCAGAGGCUCAGAGAUCAAGUGAAAAAUUGGCAGAAUGCUAGCGAAAUCAAGGACAAGGAAAAGCUGAAUUCGUACAGGAAGCUCAUUGAGCAGCGAAUGGAGCAAUUCAAAGAUGUAGAAAGAGAGAACAAGACGAAACCACAUAGUAAACUGGGACUUUCUGCCGAGGAAAAGCUUGAUCCAAAAGAAAAGGAAAAGUCAGACACGAUGGACUGGAUUCAACAUCAGAUUCGCUCCUUGAACGAAGAAGUGGAUCGAACAGAAAUGCAGUUGGAGUCCCUGGCUACCGCUGAUGUCGGAAAAGGAAAACGCGGGAAGAAGGAAGACGCACGAGCGAAAAACGAGAGAGAAAAGCGAGUCGAAAGUCUAAAGCACCAUUUGGAACGAAUAAACUUUCAUAUUGAAAAAUUAGAGAUUUGCAUGCGAAUGGUUAGUAACGAGAGUUUGAGUGCCAAAAAAGUAUACGACACAUUGAAAGAAGCGAUCGAAGCCUAUGUGGAAAUGAUGAAUGAAGAGGACUCGGAAGAGGCUGACAACUACGAUCCGGAUGACGCUUACGAUGAUCUCAAUUUGGAGAAACUCUGCCAACAAAUCGGAGGUGUUAAUAUGCUUUCUGUGGAUGAGGAUCACAGUAAUGGACAUGAAUUGGGCAUCGACACAUCUGAAUCUGGAGGUAUCUCUCCCAGCUGGCCGACGAGUUGCACCACUUUCAAUGCCUUCUCCGCAUGCUGCAACACCCGAACUCAAGAGAUUGGCGAGCAAAGAUUCGAACGUCGAUCGGCCAAAGACGCCGCCUGUCACGCCAGGUACGGCUUGGCAAAUGAUAGAUUCAGUGAACCUCCGAUUUCCUUUUCAGCUUCUACAGCUCCACCGCCGCCAGGAAUACCGUAUAACUCGGUUGCAGCGGGACGAAGUACAACUACUCCAGUUCCUUCGACGCCCGUGUCAGCCAAUGUGCCGACACCGUCCGCUCCAUCUCCAAUUAUUACAGGAAAAUCGGUUCCCUUGUCGUCAGCUAUCACGAAUUCUACGAACGAGGAGGAAGAAUGUGUCAAACAGGACGUGGCUCCUGUUGCGACAGAGAAGGUUUCGGGAGAUUCUUCGCCGCCGGCACCUCUGGCAGUAAUAGAAAAGUCUUCGUCUUCUACUGAUUCUGCUCUGUUAUUAGCUUCUGAAGAAAAGAAAGAACAACACAUGAAUUCUUCUGGGGAAGAGGUUCCACAAAAGAAGGACAGCAUUGCUUCAACGACGUCUCGUGGAUCGAUUGCAGCGCCACCUUCGACAGCUUCUGAGCCGCCGGAGUCUGUGAAUCAGCCAUCUACGAAUGUCACAACGAAGGCUGAGAGUACCAAUGGGGAGGCAACGAGUGUGGCCCGGUCGACGCCACAGCAGCAGCAGCCGCCGCAGUCCGCCAUUCCUACAACUGCAUCGUCCAUGUUGGGUGGAAUGUCUUCUGACGAUCCAGCACUGCAAGCUGCACUCAACAUGGCCGCUCCCCAACAACCAACCGCUAGCGGGCCCAAACGUGCUCACAUUCCUGCGUGGCUGGGCGCAUCGCCACUCGGACGAACAUCGAUGACGAAGGAAUUUGACCUGCAGUUGGCUGCGUUGGAAUUGGCUUGUGACAAGGCGACGUUCCCGUUGGAUAGUGAAAAACCGAGAAACUAUUUGACGAAGAUGUCGUUCCCAGUGCCAAGUUGGUACGGGCAGACUGCACCAAGUACAGCGGACAGUCUUGAGUACUAUCUUCGCCUGGCUCCAGAUACUCUCUUCUUCAUUUUUUACUACAUGGAAGGAACUCGUGCUCAGCUUCUUGCGGCGAAAGCUCUCAAAAAGCUGUCGUGGCGUUUCCACACCAAGUAUUUGACUUGGUUCCAAAGACAUGAGGAACCCAAACAAAUUACUGACGAUUAUGAACAGGGCACAUACGUGUAUUUCGAUUUCGAGAAAUGGUCUCAACGCAAAAAGGAGUCGUUCACUUUCGAGUACAAAUUCCUCGAGGAUAAAGACUUUGACUGA